UCUGACAGCGGUACUGCAGGGAAGCUGACAGGAGCCUCUCCCGCUCAACAAAUAUUCACCUAAAAAUCAUCAUGGAAUUUUAUUUGUUUUAUUUAUUUUAUUCAAGACGUAUAUGACGGCGCGAUUGAAUACAGUUGACUGACCGAGGAGAUUAUCCUCUUUUAAGAUCUCACAAAAGACUGCAGCUUAAUUAAUCCUCACCAUGGCGACGGUUGUGAUGGAGCAGAUUGGGCGGCUGUUCAUCAACGCACAGCAGCUUCGCCAAAUCCCUCGUUUCCUGGAGUCAGCCUUCCCUAAACUGCCCUGUACUGUGAUGGUGAGCGAUGUGCCAUGGGUUUUCCGCGAGUCACACAUAAUCACGGGCUACAGGCCGCCUGACCAAAACUGGCGCUACUACUUCCUUACUCUGUUCCAGAGGCAUAACGAAUCUGUAAAUGUGUGGACACACCUUCUGGCCUCUCUCAUUAUUUUAGUCAAGUUUCAGGAGCUGUCUGAAACCGUAGACUUCCUGCGAGAUCCGCACGCCCAGCCGAUGUUCAUCUUACUCCUGGCCGCAUUCACCUACUUGGGCUGCAGUGCAUUGGCCCAUCUUCUCUCCGCCAAGUCUGAGAUCUCCCACUACACCUUUUAUUUUUUGGACUACGUAGGUGUCGCCGUAUACCAAUAUGGUAGUGCCCUCGCCCACUUCUAUUAUGUGGUGGAAGAAGAAUGGCACGCUCAAGUGCGAAGUUUUUUCUUGCCAGCCUCAGCCUUCCUGGCUUGGCUGUCCUGUACGGGCUGCUGCUAUGGCAAAUACGCCAGCCCAAAGUUGCCAAAGUUUGUUCACAAGCUAUUUCAAGUUGUGCCCUCAGGCCUGGCCUACUGUUUAGACAUCAGUCCAGUGUUGCAUCGUAUCUAUAGAUGCUACAGCUCCGAACAUUGGUGUGCCGACCAGGCAGUGGUCUACCACUGCUACCAGGUCCUCUUCUUUUUAAUCAGCGCCUACUUCUUCUCAUACCCCCAUCCUGAGCGCUGGUUCCCAGGACGUUGCGACUUCAUCGGGCAGGGUCAUCAGAUCUUCCAUGUGUUCCUUGUGCUCUGCACUCUAGUGCAGAUCGAAGCUGUUCGACUGGAUUACACAGAGAGAAGACGUCUCUAUGAACAUCUCCAUGGUGAUUUGGCUCAUGAUGCAGUGGCUCUUUUUAUCUUCACAGCGUGUUGCAGCGCACUCACCGCGUUCUAUGUGCGCAAACGGGUGAAGACGUAUCUAGAAGAGAAGCAGGAGUAGAUGUCAAGGUAGAGACCUUGAAAGAGACCAGAAAGGAUCACGCUGGUCUACAAGAACUGAAGCAACUAACAUUUUUUGUGUAACUUAUAUUUGUUGUUAAUGGUUUGGUUAUGUGGCCUGCCAACAUGUUUUUAACCAACUGCUUUCUGUUGACCAAACUGGUGACAUGCUUUAAAACCUCAUUACACUUCGAGAAUGGUUUGAAAACAAUGGAUUGCCUGCUGAAAGGUGCUCAGAUCCUUAGUGGAUCUGUUUGAUGAGUGCCAUGACAACCUUUUAAACUUGAUAUACAAGAUAGUUUAGGUAGACCAUUACUGGAUUCAAACUCAUUUUGGUGCAGUGUGCUGCUUUUAAGUUUCUGUUACGCACAUGUCUUUUUCACUUACAUUGCAUUAAAACUACACAUAUUUUUAUCGCGUUUCAUGGGAAUUGAAUCUAUGAAUAAUGCGCAGAGAACAUUAUCGUGCUAGUAAAUAAAUCCCAUGCCACCAGACCAGUGCAGCAGAGCUCAGAUCAAAUGAUUUGGAUGUCAGUUAAAUAUUAGAAACUUUGUUUUAAGGAAUGGCUUACUGAAAGAUAAUCUUUUUUUCUUAAUUAAGCAAAUGAAAUGUCCCCUUCUCUAUUGACGUUUAAAUCUAUUUUUGAUUUUUACUUCACAUACUUUAACAGACCAAAUGCAAAUCAUUAUCUAAAAGAUUUCAGACUUGCCUUAGCAUGUCCAACCUGUCCAGUGCCAUGUUGAGGUUAGUGUAUGAUUAUCUGCGAAUGCAAUCGAUUGGUUUUGCACUUUCAGUGCACACUUCCCUGCCUUUUGAUGUCUAGUCUGUGAGAUGGAUAGCAUGAUGUAAUUUCACAGAAUUGCAAAGGCCAAUCCCAAAUUGCACCUCAAAGCGGUCUCUGCAGAAGUGUGCAUUGAAAGAGCACUAAAGGCAAAAGGUGCACUCAUGAGCACUCUUCUGAAAGUUGAAAUGAUGGAUAUCUCUAUGACAGGGGUGUCUAGUCUUGCUACUGGAAAGCCAACAUCCUGCACACUUGCCUAGAGGUUUCUAGUAAAGACAUUGAUUAGCUAUGAGCUAAAGUCUGCAAGACAGUGACUCUGUAGCAUGUUUGGACACCCCUACUUUGUGAUAUUUCAUGGGCACCUGCUCAUAGUGGCUUCUGUGUGUCUGUAGACUUUUAAGUGCGCAUGAAGUGUGCCAUUUGGGAUUGGGCUCCGGUCAUUUUAAUCUAGUGAAGAGGACAGUAGCAGGAUGUGAUGUCACUGGUUUGCAAUAUAGUAUAAUUGAAGGAUCUAAGAUGCAACUUUGGCUAUUUGUUACUUUAAUACAACAUUUUUAUGAUUCUCAAUUGUUAGAAAUUUCCUCAGUGUUGAUUUUUCGGGGAAAUUUAGCAGAUUAUUGAAAUUUUAAAGGGACUGUUCACCCAAAAAUGAAAGUCAAUUAUUUAUUCAUCUUCAUGUUAUUUUCAACCUCUGUGAUACUUUGAAGAAUGCUUCAACACUUUUCCAUACAGUGAAGGUCAGUGGGUUCCAACAUAAUAUUGUAUUCCAGUGACUUUAAUUGUGUGGAUUAUUCUUUUUCUUCUUCUGUAAACAAUGGCAGAAGGGUAAAUUUUGGGUGAACUAUUCCAGCCAAAGAGGCUUUUGAGAAGAAUUGACUUGCUUCUUCAUAGUUAUGAUGUCCUUUUGUCAUGAUGAUGCUCCUUUUGUAUACAAGGGCUAUAACUAUGGCCUUUACCUUUACUCAUACCCUGAUACGAAUGCCUUUGUGUGUUCUGUGCAUAUGUGGAUUUUUUUCUAUUAGAAGUUCAGCACUUUAUUUACAACAACAGUCUGAGCAACAAAACUAAUCUGUGUUAAAUGUAUACUCUUACGUGCCUGACUACAUGCAUGCGUCCCUGUGUGAGUAUGCGAACAGGUGCUUGUCGUGAGUGUGUGUGCAUUUUUGAAUGUUUAUGUAUACCUAUGUGAGUUGGCUACUGAUGAGAAAGGAUAUGAAGGCUUCGUCUUAUUAGUCUGAACCUGUCUGGCCUUUUAAUGACCACGAAAUGCAUCUAGCUCUCGUAUCAUGAAUUGUGUAGCUCCUCUUGUCUCGGCCUUUGCCCAUAAACCGACACCAAUCCAUCAGAUAGAGAGAGGAAGGAUGAUUUAUUUUCUCAUUGAAGUGAUCCAUAUUCCCUUGAGAUGAAUAUUGUGUCACUAGACUGUUGCUGCAUUAACCAGGAAAGGGUUUGUGCGAUGUAGCGUAAAGGCUGGUUUAUGAUGUGGUGCCAGAAAAAGAAACUGUUGCUGUGGCAUGAGCCGUUUGAGAAGUAGCAAAUAAGCGAUGUCAUAAUAAACGGUGACCAGCAUUUGUUUUUUUGCAACCAAGAACACAUGGGGCAGAAUAAGGGGCCUUUCACACAGUGGAUGUUUUCACAAAAAUGCAAAACCUAUAGUAGUGGUAAGAAAAAAAAGGGAAUUAUGCAGUCAUUUAUUAAUUGGUUUGAUGACGCGCCAAAGUCAAUGGUGAAAGAUAUCGAUUUAGGUCAUGAUUACAUUGAAAACAAUGGAAAAGCUGUGUGGUUGAAUGGUAAAAUGCAAGUCGCAGGAUAGCUAGAGACAAGUUCCUAAAAUCUGAGAUUGAGAGCCGGUAUUUAGAACACAGUCGCAAAAGAAACGGAGAGAUAGAGCAACAUUACUGAAGAUGACUUCACAAGUGUGUGUGUGUGUGUUUGUGUGAAAGUGACUGGAUAUCAGCUUAUCACUAUUAUGUUAACAUAAUAUUUGUUGUAACAAUUAUUAUUGUUUAACCCAUUUGAUGCGUACGAUCACACCGGUGUGAUCAGAAUGUUCAGUAAGUCACAUGAUCAGCUAAAUUCAAAUCUGCUUUCCCGUGAUUGCUCGCGCUGCGCCAGAGAAAUGUGUAAUAAAAUCACAAUUUAUCUGCGAUUUCAAGCAAAUAAUGUUUAUUUUAGGUUUCAGAUAUUUACAUAGACAAAAAUACUAGCAAAACAUAACAUUUAUGGUUUGUUAUAUACACACUGAUCUCCAUAGACAUCAGUGUGUAUAUUACAAACCAUAACAUAACACACUGAUGUCUAUAGAGAUGGCAAUAAUAAUUAUUUUUAAACAUAAUCAGACAAUGUGCUUUAUUCAGAUCAGAUGCACAUUGUUUAGAGAAAUAGAGUGUUUACUCUGUUCUUCUCCCAGUUAAAAAGUCACAAACUUUUAUGUAUUUGGUGAGAAGUUGGUGAGAACUUCCAGAAAGCUUCCAGAACUUUACUAUAGUCAAUCGUUGCAACUUCAUGAGCGAGUCGUGUUCCAUUCACAAACAAAACUAAAAUGUGGGGGAUUCACUUCGAUAUUGAAAUACAGUUGUCACUCCUGAAAUGUAACAUUGUAUAAAAGUGCACAUGUGCAACCAGCAGACAAUAGCCCCUAUCACACAUACAGUCCUUUCCAGAAAAUGACCGGCAAUAUUCCGGAAAAGGAUCAUGUGUAAACAGGCCCUUUUUGAAAAUACUGGUAAAUUUGUUCUGGCAAUUUUUCGAAAAGAGUAACAUUACCGGUAAUUUGCUGGAAUGCUGCGCUGUGUGAACGUCGAAGGAAAAUAGUGUGAAUGUGUGAAUGGUCUUUUCCGAACAAAUUCUCACCUGUGUGAACAGCGCUUUUUUUAAUUUGCCGGUAAAGUCAUUCUGGUAAUUUUCCAGAUAUUUACCGGUUUCACUGUGUGAAAGGGGCUAAUGUCUAGUGGAGGUUUGCAUCGAAUAACAACAGAAUAGUAUGGCAGUGGAAUGCGAAAACGUACUCUGUGUGAACAGCCCCCUUUAAGCCAGUUUCAGCAGCACCAGCAGACAACAAUGAUGUCACAGACUGAUGAUGUCAUCGUACACUGAAACUGGUGAAGCGACUGACGUGCUGUCAGUUGGAUCAUAAUGAUGAUUAACGAGGCAAAUAUCUCAGAAAACGAUCGCACGGUGGGUGCUUUAUUAAAUGAAAGACCAUAAUGAUGUAAUUAAGAUAUUGUUGUAUAAUAUUAAUGAUUUAGUAUUAACAGAAAAUGUUGUUUUUACUCCUGUACCAGCCUGUGUUUAAGAAAUAAACGGACCACGGAGCACAUAGUAGAGUGAGUGUGGGGAGCUUAUGUCACUGAAAAAGACAACUGGAUGAUGUCAUAUCCUGGCACGACCAGGGUUUGACCUAAAUGCAAAGUAGAUUUUUAAGGAACUCUGUAUGAUUUCUGCUGAAAUGUGAAGGGUCUCUUUUCUUAAACUAUGUACUAAUCUACUCACCUCAAAAGCACUUACAGAAUCUAAAACGAUGUUUCUUUUUUAAACACGAGUUUGUUUUAGCUGUUGUGUUUCUUUUGUAUUGCACUUAAAGAGGAAAGACUGCACAGAAAGCUCUUGAUUUGGUUCAGCACUUGAACUCAGUUUUUGACUGUAUUUGCACGGAGCUGAACUAACACUCAUGUUGUGCUGCAGUGCAGAACGUGAAAAUAAAAUCUGGUGUUAACCUCAACUUUACCAUUGUGUGUGGAAAUGACUGUGUUGAUGUACUAUGGUAUUUAAACGAAUAAAACAACUGUAAGUCUCACCUUCCAA